AUGCGUCUUACUGCUGCUCUCCUCGCUACCCUCACACUCCUUUGGACUGUCUUCUUGGCGCAGGCCGUCCCGCUUACAGUCUCCCGGAACGAUGCUGAAACCUGCGUAAGCCUCACGGAUUGCGACUCUUAUGUCCGCGCGAGCCGUUGUGAAUUCUCACUUGACACACAAAGCUGUGAAGCGAAGGAAGCCCACGCUGGGAGGCUUGCAACAUCUGUGACUCAAUGCAAGAAGGCGACCGCUAUCCAUGCCGCACGAGAGUGGAGUGUCGCUGCGAAAGCAGAUGUGGUAUGGACACAAAUCAAGGCGCACACCCUGGAUGGCCGCCCCGACAAGGCAGAUUCCGGCCGACAUCUCACGUCCACUUGGUUCGACCACGCUGAUAACAAGGGCACUUCUGCGCACAUGAUUAUCAAUGCAGCGACGGGUCUCGCUCAUGUGCCUGUGAAGAAGAAGACACUUUGGAUUGAUAGUGAUGCGGAGGGAAAGGCGACACAUAUUGCACACAAGUAUACGCGGAAUCAGGUCGCCAACAUAUGCAAGGCCGCGCUCGUGGCGGGGCUCAACACGGGCAAGUCGACGGAGUCGGUGACGAGUGGCUCUUACGCUGUCCAGACGCCCUGGGGGAACCACAUCUGCGUGACGGUGUCCAACGUACAGUGCUACCCAGCGACGACCGAUGCGACGGCGGCGGCACCCGGUGAGAAGUGCUAG